CCCUAACGUCCCUCCUUCCCCCUCUCUCAUGAAAAUCUGCACACAUACCUCUGGCAGACAAGCUUGGAUAAACACAUCACUUGGAUCACCACACAAUCUACAGUGCUGCAUGUGAAAAUGACAAUAUACAAUCUUUAAUAAUUUGAACAUUAUUGUUCUGCCAUGUUUUAGCUUCCCUAUAACUACAAUUUUGAAAUUCAUAAAACAAUAUGGAGACUAAAGAAGGUCAAUGCCAAACAAGGUACUUAUCUAAUGAGAUCUAUGUUCACCAGUUAACUAAUGAGUUAAUUAAUGAUUAAUUAGCACCAAUUAACUAAUGAGUUAAUUAGUGACCAAUUAAUGCUAAUUAAUAGUCAUUAAAUAAUGGCAUCAAUCAGGAUUAAUUAAUAGUGAAUUGUGUGAUUGAUUACAUUAAAUAAUGACCAUUAAUUAGCAUCAGUUAGUGCUAAUUAACCAUUAAUUAACUUACUUAAUUAUCUCUAAUUAGUAGUGAUUUAUAACUCAUUAAUUUAAUUAUUAACAAGUGAAUCAAUCAGGCUCCCAAGCCAGGAAGUAUUCAUAACAUAAUUAUCAAAAGGGUGUAUUGAUUGUUAUCUAUAAUUAAUUGAUUGAUUAAUUGAUUUAACGACCUCUCUUUCAGUUGCCCUUCAGUUUCCAGAAGGAUUGCUUAUAUUUGCCUGCAUCAUUGCUGACAUCCUUGAAAAGUAAUAGAAACUUUUAGGCCCGUUUUAUACGUCGAAUUCAGGUCGCGUCGAAUGCAAUUCAAACAACAGAUAAUGAAGCUUAAUGAGGUUUAUCAUCUCAUCAUCUAUUGCCUUAAUUGUAUUCGACGCGACGCGACCAAAAUUCGACGUACAAAACAGACCUUAGUUUUCAGAGUGUCAACUCUCCUGUUAAAGGCCGUUUUCCACCAGGCCGAAUUUUGCGCGCGGAGCGGAAUUUUUCUUUGUCUUUUCUAAUUAGUUCCACCCGAGAAAUCACAAGACAAAGAAAAAUUCCGCUCCGCGCGGAAAUUUCGGCCUAGUGGAAAACGGCCUUUAGUGUUGUGUUGUGUUGUGUUUGUCCAGACAAAUCGUCUCCAGACUAAUGAGGUGAAUCUUGUGUUUAGGUUUUCUGAAGUUGAGACGGUCAUUAUGGGUGAUGUGACGUAUGGUGCUUGUUGCGUGGACGACUUUACAGCAAGAGCAUUAGGCUGUGAUUUCAUGAUUCAUUAUGGUCAUAGCUGUUUAAGUAAGUUUGUAGUCGUUUCGAGUUUUUCCCGUGUUCCAGGUGGCAUAGUAGAAAUCUAGAAUCAGCGUUUACAACCCGGUCGUUAUAAUUUUACAUCUACCUUUGUCGAAACAUCCGGUUACUCAUCGCGUUAUUUUUUUUACUUUCUUGCUGAGGAGAAGUUGAGUUGAAAGUUUUCCAAAUACAUGUUCAAUAUUUGUGAGGAAAGUUUCGGAUUGAAAGCGAUACUGCUUUCUGAAAAAAUACAAGAAAAACUUGCACGUUUUAAGCGAAGACGCGAAGCCCUUUUGUCAGGAAACUUUGCUCGAACCGUCCAUGUUCUCCCCGUAUUUUUCACGUAGUUGUAUCCCCAUCAGGCGAUUCAGUCCCGCUGUCCAAAUAUUGCCAUGUUUAUAAACUAUCAACAGAAUCAAUUUCUAAAGAAAUGAAUAGUGAUAACGAGUUGAAAUUCGCAUAGCGGGAUCAAAUCGUCGGGCUGGCUACGCCACUGAUCUCUAUUAAUCCGAAGCAUUCUCAUUAUUGGAAACCCUUCACCACAAAGGAGCUCAAAACAUGCACGUGUUCAACCUUUCUCUGGCAGAUAAAUAGGAGUGCAUGGUUUUUUAUCCUGGACCAUUCUGGACCAUAGUAAAGUGAAUUAUAAAGUAACAUGUAUAUAAUAACGCGUGCUCUGAUUAGUCGAAACCCAUGUUUGGAUCAGGCCAUCCAAACACGGAAAUUUAAAGUGAAAGUUUUUUAAAGUGAAAUUUUAACACGGAAAGUUGUUAUUUUGUAAAACAAUUACUUUAUGGUUUCCGUGUUUGGAUGGCCUGAUCCAAACACUUGGGAAUGUUGCUCGAGUUAAGAAAAGCGCGCAAAAUCACUCGCCUUCGGCUCUUAACUCUCGUAACAUUCCAGCAUGUUUGGAUCAGGCCAUCCAAACACGGAAACCAUAAAGUAAUUGUAUAGGGGUAUGGGUAUACAAAUCCGCCGAUUCGCCCAAAUUUGAAGCAAAAUCCGCGAUCCGACAAUGGUUUUGUCUAAAUUUGGAUCCGCUAAAAGCUCUACUAUGAAGUCACAAUCCAGGAUCCGAACUAAAUUGCAAGCUAAAUCCACAAUCCGAGCCAAAAUAUUAGAUAAAUCCGCAAUCCGCUGUAUUAAUAAGAUCCGCAAAUCCGUGUAAAAUAUUCGCCAGAUCCGAAAUGUGACAUCUCAUAUGUUGUUUUUUUGAUUGUGUCAAUGCUCUGAAAUGUGACAUCUCAUAUGUUGUUUUAGUACCAGUGGACGUGAUGGAAGGUCUUAAAAUGCUCUAUGUGUUCGUUGACAUCAAGAUAGAUACAGUUCACUUCAUUGACACAAUCAAGUAUAACUUUCCUGCGGGAUCAAAACUGGCCUUCGUCAGUACUAUUCAGUUUGUCGCCGCAUUACAGGUUAUACUGCUUAUCUUGGAAUUUAUUCGAAUGUUGAGCGUUUCUUGAAUAUUGACGUUUUUCCUUAGUCUUCUGCAAGAGAAUUAUCAUCUGACUACACCGUGGAUACCCCUCAAUGUAAACCACUAUCCCCUGGAGAGAUCCUUGGAUGUACCUCACCAACCCUGCAUGAUAAAGACGCACUGAUGUAGGUAGACAGUUAAUAUAAAUAUGUUAGGUGAUCAUCUGUCCAGUUAGGGCAUGCAGAAAUUCAGGCUUUGCACGUAAACAAUUAGCCAUUCCGAAAUUGAUGAGAGGACUGGGGACGAGUGUUAAAAAGUGCCCAAAUUAAGAAAUGAACCAAAUCACUAAAAGAUCACCUCAAAAUUAGUAAGUAUGCAAAGUUUGAAUACGUUUACAUGAAUAAGCUUUCGAAAAUUGCGAUAUUUACUAUGAAAUGUACUGUAAUUUUUGUUUUGGGGGACGCGCGUCCCAAAAACAGUCUUUUAAUAAGCAAUUUCACAAUUCGAAAGCUUACUAUUCGAAGGGUAUUCAUGUAACGUACGUCUUAAAACAUUAUAUGCUUACUAAUUUUGAGGUGGUCGUUUUAGUGAUUUGGUUCAUUUCUUAAUUUGGGCACUUUUUAACACUCGUCCCAGUCCACUCAUCAACUUCGGAAUGGCUACGUGUUCUGUUUUACAAACCCCACUGUUUUCCAUGCCUUGUAAAUUUCAAGGAGAUGUAUCAAAAGUGUGAUUCUGUGACCGUUUUUUGGUUGAUUCUGUCAACUGCUUGAAAUACACCCUUUCGAUAAUUACAUCAUUUGGCCUGGGAGCCUCACUCUCAUGAAUCGUGCGCCAAUCACCUUGCGUAAUUUACUAAUGAGAGCGAGGCUCCAAAACCAAAAAGUAUGUGUGACGUAAUUAUCGAAAGGGUGUAUUGAGAGUGUACAGCGAAGCUUAGUAUGAUCAUGGUAAUUUUUCGGGUUUUGUCCACUUACGCCAAAACCUGUUGCAUAUCAAGAAUUUUCAGCUAUUCUUUGUCUAACUGUUCUCCAUGCUUACCAGUAGCUUAUUUAUUUUGAUUUUAUUUCGUUAGAUAUUUAGGUGAUGGACGGUUUCAUCUGGAGUCAGCAAUGAUUGCUAAUCCAACUGUCCCUGCUUACAGGUGAGAACCAACAAGACAGCCUGACAUUGUAUUGUUCAAUUGCUAAAUAAAAAGAUAAAUCUCUUCAUGAGCCAACGUACCUGGUGCCUGUAAUGUCACGUGGAUGACAUUUCCUGUGGCCAGUUGUAAGGAGGCUGGGUCACACGCUAUCCACACUGAACGAACAAAUGAAACUGGACGAAUUUGUCAGGACUUUCAAAAUAAGCCGGUGGAUGCCACGAGGUUUGCCACCGGUUGAAAUAUCAAUGAAUUCUGCUCUCCUUCCUCCACUCUAAGACUUCAAACAAAGUUAUUUUUCCUUAACUAACCUUGUCUACUUCACAACGAAUAAUUCUGAAAGCCCUGAUUUGUGUAUGGUUCAGAAUUAUUUGGAUCUCGUUGAACGUUGUCUUUGUUUCCACUAUAGGUAUGAUCCUUACAGCAAAGUAUUUUCUCGUGAACAUUACGAUAUAAACAAGAUGCAUGAGAACAGACAAGCGGCUAUAACUCAAGCUUCGGACAGUAAAACAUUUGGGUUGAUUCUUGGCACACUAGGACGACAAGGAAAUCCUAGGAUUUUACAGGUACAGGACCUCUAGGGAGAAUAUUUUAGAACUGAUAAAGCUAUCCAGUAUAAAUAAAGUUAGUUUAGGUUUUCCUCUGUAGUAACACUGAAUCAAUAAGAGAUGAUCCUUACUGGACCUCUAGGAAGAACAGUUAAGAACUGAUAGAGCUAUCCAGUAUAAAUAAAGUUAGUUUAGUUUAGGUUUUCUUCUGUAGUAACACUGCAUCAAUAAGAGAUGAUCCUUACUGGACCUCUAGGAAGAACAGUUUAGAACUGAUAGUUAUCUAGUAUAAAUAAAGUUAGUUUAGUUUAGGAUUCCUCCUGUAGUAACACAGGAUCAGUAAUAUCAAACUCUUAUUUCUUUCCCAGAAUCUUGAAGAACGUCUUGGGUUGUGCAACCGAAAGAUUGUGAAACUUUUGUUGUCUGAAAUUUUUCCUUUCAAACUAAAUCUUUUCAACCAUAUUGAUGCGUAAGUUGGAUAAUUGUGACUUUGCUUAGCUCGAUCCGUUACUGUACGCAAAUUCAUCUAGUUCUGGAUGUUCACACAGGAAUUCGAGUGGUUAGGUGUCUCGAAUUCGUUCAGUUCAUGUGGGAACUGUUCGAAAUUUGUCCGUGCGAACAGAACCUUAUAGCGUUUAUUUAUUCCAGAUGGGUGCAAGUGACAUGCCCUAGAUUGUCUAUAGACUGGGGAACGGCCUUUACCAAGCCUCUUUUGACACCUUACGAGGUAAGCGACAUCUAUCAUCAGCUAACUUAUGUUUAUAUGCUCACUGCCAGCCAUUCUCAUAAUUACCACUGUCCUAAUAAUAUAACAGAACAUAUCAUGCAUGUAAGUGAAAAGGCCUUUUGCAUCGACGUCAACACAUUGAAUGACUGGAUGGCAUAAAGGACACUGGAAUUUUCAAACAUUGACGAGACAAAUGGAACAUUCCAUAGCCUGAAAUAACGGUUGAACAACGGACAUUUUCCGACCAAAUGCUAAAUUGGUCGGACAUUUUGUCCGGACAAGAAGUAUUGGAAUCAACCUUCUUGAAAGAUUGGGUUAACCAUAAGUUGCGUGCAACCUCUCGCAAAGAACAUUAAAUGUAAAAGAUUUAACUAUACUGGUGUUUGGCAUAAAGUAUUGUUUAUAUAUUGGCUUAAUUAACCCAACGAAGCCAUAAAAUCAAAAUGGAAUCGACACAAUGUCCGACCAAGUUUGAUAGUUUCCGAUCAAAUUUCGUUUUGGUUGGACAUUUUUUCCGGACAAAUUUAAAUUUUGAACUUUAUUUCAGGCUCUGGAUUUCGAUCACUGGAUCGUGCCCGGAUAGCAGUAUUGUUAUGGAAGUGUGAUACAUAAUUAUGCUUAUUCGAACAGGUAUAAACACGGAUUAAUUAGGAAACCUAAAUCUUCUUCACACAGGCAAUGGUUGCAGUGAAAUCAAUCGAGUGGCAAGAACAGUAUCCGAUGGACUUCUACUCGAACUCAAGUCUGGGGGCCUGGACGCCAAACCAUGAACAGUGCAAGCUUGGCAAGAAGAGAACCAAGGUGAAGAAAACGGAAGUAAGGGGGGAGGGAAAGGAAGGAGAUAGUGAGGCAUGCGCAUGCGUGAAUAGAGAGACUCAAAAUGUGGAAAAGACUUGAGAAGUUUGGUUUAACGGAAUACCGCUGAUUCAUCGACGUCUUGUACAACUGCAGGCUGGAUGAGUUUGAUAACAUUGCAUGGACAAAUGCCAGCCAGUUCACAUUUUCCGAUAACUCACAUGCCUAGUUACCACUGUUCUGAUAAUGUAAGCAUCGAAUCAGGCUUUUAGCCAGGGUCCUAAAAGAGGGUGUCCAAUUUUGGUAUAACGAAACAUCUACAGUAAAGAGAGGGGGUGAGAAAACGUUCCUCUGGAAAAUCUUUGAAGUUUACGUUACUUCAUAUCAGUAUCUGUUCCAAGCUUGUUCGAAAUUUUUCAAACACACUUGGCUUUGUGAGUUUGUGCCGCUAUGCUUCUUCACUUAACUACGACAUUUUAAUUCAGCCAGGUACCCCAUCAGGUUGAUCAAAAUGUCAAAUGUAUAAUAAUAAUGAGAAUUGAAGCUAUUUCGUUUCAAAUAUAUUAAUAUUAUAUACUUAGGGAAAUAAUUGAAAAUAAUUUCCCUUUCCCCCCAGAAUUUGGGCGUCCAAAGGCGUCCACUUUUCGUUCUAGGGGCGUCCCAGGACGCCCUUCUGGCUAAAAGCCCGCAUCGAAUGGAACAAAGAUAACCAAGUAUUUCAAUUAUACAUGUCAUUGAAUUCCUAAAGCUUCGGAUACACGAGCAAUAUUUUUGCUGCGAUGGUCACGCAAUGGGUGAUGACAGCAUUGCGUUGCCGUCGCACAAGGUGGCUACACCUGCAAUAUUUCACCUGCAAUAUAUGUCUUCGUAACGCUUUUCAUUGGCUGGUCAAGAAACGUGUCAUUCAUCAACCUUGACCUUCCUUGACCACACCUCCCAAUUUUCGGCAAUCAUUGCCGAAAAUCAAAUGAUUUGAAAUUUCGGCAACGAUUGCGCGCAGCUUUGCGUUGCCGUCGCAGAGCAUGAUGCACAAGCAAUUUCUUUCUCGCGACGGCAAUGCAACGAUUUUACCACCAUUGCAUUGCCAUCGCCAGAAAAGUAUUGCCCGUGUAUUCGUAGCUUAACUCAUGCACAUGCCUAGUUGCCACUGUUCUGAUAAUGUAAGCAUAGAAUAGAACCAAGCGUUUAGAUUAAAUGUGAUAACAUCAAACCACGGAAAAUAUAAAACUAACUUUAUUACUAAAUUUGACACUACAAAAUUCUCAAAUAUUAAAAAUUACAAUAUAGAUAUCUCUUUUAUAUAAGCAUGAAAAAUGCCCAUUUAGCUAAAAAAUAGCAUGCGAAGCUUUCAUCAUAAAACCUCAAAUAUGAAUUUUAAUAAUGUAAGUUGUGAAAAUCGAGCCUAUUACAGAUGAAUAGAUUAACAUUAUUUUCUCAUUCUGAUAACUGCAGGAGUGCAGGUUGACCCCCAACUAUACCACACAGUAAUUCAGUUAAUUGUUAAUCACUUGAUCUGAAUAUUACGAAGUAACACAAUCGCAAAAUUUCUAGUCGAUUCUUAGUUCUCAUCAAAUCAGAUCACAAUGUAUAAAGUUUCCAUGUUGAGCAAUAGUGAUCAUUAUUUUAUAAAACUUAUGUAUGCCUAUUGGCUCUUUUUGGGUAUUUUUGUAUAUUUAGCUAAACAGACAAGCUAAGCAUUAUGAUUUCCCAUGAUAAUCUGCUUUAUCUUCACCAUAGUAAUAUAAACAAUUCCCCCAUUAUAAUCGAAACUUCUCUGGGAAGUAUACAACUCAUUUAAUUCCCCCAAGAACCUAGCUAGGAAUGUCCUAUCACACACGUACCGAUAUUCUGUAAAUAUAUUUUAUAUAAGAAACUAUAUUACCUUUCAAGAAGGGUUAAAAUGUUUGUAUAUUGAAGAGACAUAGGUCAUCACACUCUUUGGUUCCGGAUUGGAAACUGAUAGCAUAUCUUCAACCUCUAGAAGUUCAGCAACGCCAGCCUCACUGAAUU